AUGAUUCGGAGCGCCCUCGACGACGAGCGAGGUCCAGGAGAGACGUGCUUUUGCAUCCACUGCCCGGGCAUCAAACAACAGCCGGCUUGCAGGACCCCAAACAGGACUGCAGGGGAAGAGAAGCGCAAGCAGCAGCGGGAAAAUCGCAAGGCACUCUUCGCAGCCGGAAAGUGCGAAGAGCCCAAGCCCAAAGCCUGCAGCGAGGAGUCUGGAGAGUCUGAGGAUGAGCCCAGCAAGCUGGUUUCGGCACCAGGGGAGAAUGCCUGGGAAAGGACGUCAUGGGAGCAGAGUUCUUUCGACUCUUCUGCUGACAAAGCGAAAUUCCUACGCCUCAUGGGGGCUGAGAAGGACAAGAAAUCCAGCUCGGCGCAACCGAGCAAGGUCAAGCCAGGGCUGGUGACACAGGAUUUGGAGCGCCAGUACUGGCAGAGCAUGCAGAAGCAACUUUACUCCCGUGGACGUGGCUUAGGCUAA